UGGGUGGGUUUAAGUGUAUGUAGUCAUUCCUCUUCACACGCUCCGCUGUGCGCACACGGUGAAGACAAAAGCAGAGCGCGGUCCACCUCUCCAUGUGACGUCCAGCAGCUUCAACAUUUGUGAAGUGGCUGCCUCACCCGGUCGGACCGGAGGCCGUCUGGUCUCUGAUCUGUUAUCAGGAGUCACCGGAGACUCGCUGCGCACCGCCGGCGCCAGGCUGUGCGCCUCUCGGAUCACACCCGAGCCACCACGAGCUCUGGCGAUGGACAUGAUGGAAGGAGACGUUAUGGACAAGCUGGAAGACACGUCAUCGGUGUACGACUUCGACCCGAUCACCGGCAACAUUCCGGCCACCAAAGUAGAGAUCACCGUCUCCUGUAGAAAUCUGCUGGAUAAAGACACAUUCUCAAAGUCAGAUCCAAUGUGCGUGCUCUAUACACAAGGUGUUGAAACCAAACAGUGGAGAGAGUUUGGCAGAACAGAGGUGAUAGACAACACUCUAAACCCCGACUUUGUUAGAAAGUACAUCUUGGACUACUUUUUUGAGGAGAAGCAGAACCUUCGCUUUGACUUGUAUGAUGUUGACUCCAAAAGCCCCGACCUGUCCAAACACGACUUUUUGGGUCAGAUGUUCUGUACUCUUGGCGAGAUUGUUGGAUCGCCAGCCAGUCGACUGGAGAAACCACUGGGGUGA